AUGGCUUUCAGGUCUUGCAUUCUGCUUCAUGUGCUACUUGAGGCCUCUGCCAGGCCGAAGACUCCGACGGUGCAGUGGGGACAAAAGCCCGAGAGGCUCUAUGUGACGAUCCCUUUGAAGGAGGUCACCGAGCCAGAGGUGGAAUUGGAGGACGUCCGUCGGACGGUCGGCGGUUGGUUCGGGGACAUCAUCCCUCCUCACAGCAUCGACCCGUUUGAGGAUGAGGAUGACCCGAAGUUAGUUCAUGGAUGUGAAGUGUUCAUGAAGGAUGUGCAGGUUUACAUAGACUUCAGCCACCCUUCUGGAGGGGCCGAGUUGGUGGGUGCGAACAACACUCAAGAAGCUCACGAGUUGGUGGCUGCGCGUCUUCCAGCUGCACAGGAGGAGCGCAUCUACUUCCGGGGGAUCAGUCAGGGACAAGAGUAUGAGGCCGAGUCCAGCCGUGUCCGCCAGAGCUAA